AUGACACUAGUAUACUUUCAUGUGAUAAUAGAAGAUUGGGAUCCAUUAUCACAGGGUUCAAAGUACGUAAAGACGGUAGGGAAAUCCAAACCAUCCAAGGAUGAUCGGAAUCUUGCCCCACGUUUGGAUCUUUCUGGAAAAAUAGAAAGAUUUUCUCAUUAUGUUGCUAGGCAAAUGGGAUUUCAAGAUGAAAAUGAAUUUCCCCAAUUAUCAAAAUUGGCAUACGAGUACUUGAAGAAAUCCAAAGGAUGUGAUGACAAAAUUUAUGAAUAUUUGGCUAAUGAACCAAAUGCUGAUGCUUUGUAUGUGAAGUUAGUGGAUGAAUUUGAGAGAUGCAUUCUUGGGUAUUUUGCAUUUAACUGGAGUCAAGCUGCUCUCAUCAUAAGUCAGGUAUUAAGUGUUAAUUCUCAUCAGAAAAAGCUCAAGGAAUUUGUGAUGGCAGCUACAAGAAAGCAGAGGUUUGAAAAGUUAACGAAGGAUCUGAAAUUGACAAGAGUGUUCUCUACACUAGUGGAGGAGAUGAAAGCAAUCGGCAUAAUUUCGAAUGGGGUACUAAAUAAUUCCAACGUGAUGGUGCCAGCAGUUCACAGCCAGAGAAGUCCAGUGCUCCUCCUUAUGGGCGGUGGAAUGGGAGCCGGCAAGAGCACUGUCCUAAAAGACAUUAUGAAAGACUCAUUUUGGUCAGGAGCAGCAGCAGAUGCUGUGAUGGUAGAAGCGGAUGCUUUCAAGGAAACAGAUGUCAUUUACAGAGCUCUUAGUUCUAGGGGUCAUCACCAAGACAUGCUUCAAACUGCUGAAUUGGUGCACCAAUCUUCCAUUGAUGCUGCAUCAUCACUCCUAGUAACAGCACUCAAUGAGGGACGUGAUGUUAUAAUGGAUGGUACCCUAUCUUGGGAGCCCUUUGUUGAGCAGACAAUUACCAUGGCAAGAAAUGUACACAAACAUCGUUACCGCAUGGGAGACGGCUAUAAGGUGGCAGAGGAUGGUGCUAUCACUGAAAAUUAUUGGGUUCGGGUAGAAGACGAAGGAGAAGAAACUGCAAUCAAGAAACCUUACCGGAUAGAGUUGGUUGGAGUUGUUUGUGACGCCUAUCUGGCUGUUGUUAGAGGUAUCAGGAGGGCAAUUCACAUGGGAAGGGCAGUUAGGGUAAAGUCACAAUUGAAGUCCCACAAGAGAUUUGCAAGUGCAUUUCAAAGAUACUCUCAGCUUGUAGAUAAUGCAAAGUUGUAUUGCACAAAUACCCCUGGAGGUCCACCAAGGCUGAUAGCAUGGAAAGAUGGAGACAGCAAUUUAUUAGUUGAUCCCGAUGAAAUCAAAUGUUUGACUUCAGUAAGCACUUUGAAUGAAGAAGCAGAGUCCAUUUACGAGCUCUACAAAGAGCUGGACCAAACAACUGAACCCGGUUCAGUUUGGAAAGAAAUGGUUUUGUUGCCUACAAGAGCAAGUCUUCAGCAAGAACUGAAAACUGUUAUACAGAAAAUCGAAAUUUCAGUGGCUUAG